CUCUUACAAAAUGGCGGGUUCCUUGUAGGAGACCCGCCUGUGAUGAGUGGCCAGAGUACCUGUAGGGAUUGACGAUUUCCUCUGUCAGGCCUUGAAGCAUUCUGUUCUUCUUGAACUUUGGUUGCAUCUUCAAGGCUUGACUGCAUAUUUUGGUGUUUCCUGGGGCUCUAUAAGUUGUGCGCCACGGCUUAAAUGGAACAGUUCCGCCAGAUUGGGGAGGUUGUGGGAGGUUUGAAAGCUCUAAUGGUUUUGAAACAUGAUAUUCCAAUCAACCAGAGACAAUGCUGUUUGCUUUUCGAUAUGUUUGUGUUGGCUUUUGAAACUAUUUCGGAUGAAAUCAGGCAAAACUUAAGGCUAGAUGAGAGGAAUGUCAAGUGGAAAGCUCUCGAGUAUCCUCUGAAAGAGCUUCAUAGGGUAUUCAAGGAAGGUGAACAGUACAUAAGAUUGUGCCUGGAUGUCAGGGAUUGGUGGGGGAAGGCAAUCAGUCUCCAUCUCAACAGGGACUGUGUUGAGUUUCACAUUCACAACUUGCUUAGCUGCUUUCCCGUUGUCGUUGAGGCUGUUGAAGCUGUUGCAGAAUUCUCGGGCGCAGACCUGGAAGAUAUGCAAAAAAGGAGAGUUGCACUAAUGAGAAAAUAUGAAGCAGAUUGCAGUGAUCCAAAAUUCUUCCAGUGGAUGCAUGGUAAGCAGUAUUUGGUGCCUCGAGAGAUAUGCAGCCGCUUACAAUCUGCUGGGAAAGAAGAUAGAUGGUUUCUCCUCGAAGCAAUAAGAGAAAAGAAAAGUGCAGUUCCAUCUACGUUGGCAAAGCAUGAACACAGGCUUGGAGACCUGUUGCUGAAAAAAUUAAGUGGAUCGGAGCCAUCAAAACUGAAGCUCCUGCCAACUUCUGUUCUAGUGGGAGCACAUGACUUCUACGUGAAGCGGAGGUUAGGAUUGGGUGAGGGACACAUGAAAGAAAUCCAGUGGCUGGGGGAAAGUUUUGCUUUGAGGACCUUCUUUGGAGAGAUAGAACCAUUACAAGAAGAGAUUUCUCUAGUUCUUUCACUCUCCCAUCCCAACAUUUUGCAGCACCUUUGCGCUUUCUAUGACGAGGAGAGGAAAGAGGGCUUUUUAGUGAUGGAGCUUAUGCACAAGAAUCUUAAAAAUUACAUAAAAGAGAAUUGUGGGCAAAGAAAGCGAAUUCCUUUCUCUGUUCCAGUUGCGGUUGAUAUCAUGCUUCAGAUUGCUAGAGGACUGGAGUAUUUGCACUCAAGAAAGAUUUAUCAUGGGGAACUGAACCCAUCUAACAUCCUUCUAAGAGCUAGACAUUCAUCCACCGAGAGUUACUUUCAAGCAAAACUCACUGGAUUUGGAUUGGUCUCUAUCAAGAGUUUUGCUCGAUCUCAACAUUCGAGUGUUGACCCUGUUAUAUGGUAUGCCCCAGAAGUUCUCGCUGAACAAGAGCAGCCAGGAAAAAAGGGCAACGCCAAGUAUUCUGAAAAAGCUGAUGUCUACAGUUUUGGGAUGCUCUUUUUUGAACUUUUGACAGGGAAAGUUCCAUUUGAAGACAGCCACCUCCAAGGGGACAAGAUGGUUCGAAAUAUUAGAGCAGGAGAGAGGCCACUUUUCCCAUAUCCAGCGCCCAAAUACCUGGCAAACUUAACCAGAAAAUGUUGGCAUCCAAAUCCACUUAUCCGUCCGAGCUUUUCUUCCAUAUGUAGGAUUUUACGCUACAUUAAAAAGGACCUCAUAAUUAAUCCUGAACAUGGUCAACCUGAAUCACCACCUCCACUUGUGGACUACUGUGACAUAGAAGCAGCGUACUCAAAGAAAUUCCCGGGGGAGGAGAGCCCUGAUUUGAGCCCGGUAACCGAUAUUCCCUUCCAGUUGUAUGCUUAUAGACUUGUUCAGAAAGAAAAGAGUUGCGGAAGCUCUAAAGACAAGAACUGCGAUUUGGGAAACGAAGAACUACCUCAAAGGCCAGCAUCAAUAUAUGGUGAUGAGCAUGUGGCCGCAAUAGAUGAUCUAUUUUUGGUACCAAGUGAUCGAAGGUCAGUUUGUUCAGAAAUAAUUGAAAGCAAGAACAUUCGGGCGGCAUAUGAUGAAAGGUCGGUUAUCUCUGAGAUUCCACACAAACUAUUCUUCUCUGAUCAGAGAUCAAUUGGUUCUGAAAGUCCGGGGAGGAAAUCUCUAUUAGCAGCUCCAACUGAGCAAAGGCCAAAUGUUGCUGAUACUCCACAAAGGAAAGUCUCAGUGGCAGUAGCAGUCGAUCAAAUCUCCUCUCUUUCUCGAACUCCAGAAAGAAAAGUUCCUCCAACAGCAACAAUCAAUCACAAGACAAAGCAUUCUGAGAACCUGGGGAAGGAUAUGGGGUCAAUAGCAGAUCAGACGACCGCUGAUUCUAAGUCUCAAGAUGGAAAUUCCAAGUCAAAAACUGCAGCUAAGCUGCAUGAACAAAGUAAUGGACGUUCCAAUGUACCAGAAAAAGAAAUCAAAUCGAAAACAGCUGCUGACCCUGUUCCAGUUACUUCUGGAGCUUUAUCAAGGAAAGUUUCGUCAAGGAAAAUAGCUCAUCAAAGAAAACUUUCUGAGAUUCCAGAAAAGUCUGUCUCAGCUUCCUUAUUAAAUCCGAAGUCAAAUUCUUCCAAUAAGAAAAGUGAGCCAACCAGACCUGCCGCCAAGCCCUCUCCUCCCAAGAACUCGGACAAGAAGCAUUCCAUGAACAAGAAAAUGAAAGAUGUAAACUCAGAAAAAAAUCCAGGAAAUUCAAAAGAUAACUUACCAAGGUCUUCGUCUGCAAGAAUAUCACAAACGAUUGCAUCAUCAUCAUCAGCAGCAGCAGCAGCAUCACCAACAAGAGGAACAAGGUUUUCAUCAACAUUUGCGUUGAAAGGGUAUAUGUCACCACAAGCAUCACCACUGCAUCCAUGUGCUCGUUGCUGCCGGACAAGCAGAGAGGCCAUCUUGUCUUCACCAGCAAUGAGCCCAUGCAGAGCUAGACUAACGCAUGUAUCGGAGACGGAGAUUGCAUAAUCAUCAGUUAAACUUUGCUUGAACAGCUCAUUUUCAACUAGAGAUUUUUAUGCAAAAAGCCAGCUCGAAUAGUAGUACAUGCUUAAAACAAGCAAUUUUGCAUUCUCAAAAGCCUCCUCAAUGUCUUUAGUUUUUUCUUUUCAUUUUUUGACACAAAACCAAGAAACCUAUUUCCAAUGGAGAUCAACUGGCAUAGAGUUUAGACUAUAGCCGACUAAUUAGCGGAACUUUAAGGACCCCUGCUUUCAGGGUUUAUGUUACCACUGAGUUGAGACCUCAUUGACAAUGUAUU